AUGUCAUCGAUGGCGGAUCAACAGAGAAUCCAUCCCGUCCCGGAUGUCGAAGCACCACCACAAACCUCCCCAACAGUUCCCUUGGUGCCCCAGGGCACGUCGAAAUCCGAUGACCAAUCAUAUCCACCUUUCCAUCGUACUUAUCCACCUAUGAACUCCAAACCUCCCAAGAAGAGAAGCCGUUGCUGCAAGUGCUUGUGUUGGACCCUGUCUCUUCUCUUGCUGUUCAUCCUUAUUCUGGGGAUUACCGUUGGCAUUUUGUUCCUUGUUUUCCGACCAAAGCUACCUAAAUAUUCUAUUGACAGGUUGCAGAUAAGCCAGUUCGAUCUUAAUUCUAUGGACUCUAGCUUAUCCGCUACCUUUAAUGUUACCAUUACUGCCAGGAAUCCCAACGAAAGAAUCGGAAUCUAUUACGAAGGAGGUAGCCAUCUAAGCGCGUGGUACACUGAAACCAAGUUAUGCCAAGGGUCAAUGCCAAAAUUCUACCAAGGUCACCGAAACACGACGGUGCUGGUUUUGCCUUUGUCAGGACAAAUCCAAAACGGUACAGGUUUGAUCAUGGCGGUGCAAGAGCAGCAACAGCGGACGGGAAACAUCCCAUUGAGAUUGCGGGUGAGUCAGCCUGUGAGGGUUAAGCUUGGGAAGUUAAAGCUCAUGAAAGUGAAGUUCUCGGUUAGGUGCGGGUUAGUGGUAGAUGCUUUAUCUGCUAACAACACCGUCACAAUUCAAAGUAGUAGCUGCAAAUUUAGGCUUAGCUUGUAGAGUUCCUAAUUUCUAACACCCGCCAUAUUUUUUACAUUUAUGUUCGAGAAAUAAGGAGGGUUUUAAUAUAUGCGGUUUUGUUCUCCUCCAUGCUAUAUACUUCAGUUUGUUGUUAUAUAUUUGUAAUGGUAUUGUUAUUCUAUAUAUUCUUUUUUCUUUUUUUGGGAAA